CCGCGGCCGCUGGCGGCGCGCCAGUCGCACACUCGCGCCACACGGGGUGCCUGUUACUCCGGUGCGUGAAUAUUAUCGCGCUUUUAAACACUGCCGUAUUCUGAUUAUACAUAUGCAACGAAUUUGUUAUACCUAUUUAUAAGUGUUACCUUGUAUGAAUGAGGAUUUAUUCGUGAUGUGUGGAAUUGUCCUCGAGAUACGUCAAAGCUGAGGUGCUGGAAUCCUGUAAAGUCGUGGAAAAUCGCGUUAUCGGGAAAGUGUUUUUCUUGUUUGUGGUGAGCGUCGGUGGGAGCCGGGGAGCGGGCGCGCGGCCCGUAGUGGCGGGUCGGUGGAUGGUGCGGCGCGGGCGGGCGCCGGGGCGCGGCCGGCGGCGCCGCUAGCAAAAUGUCGAUACCCCUGGGCCGGGAGACGGUGCUCCCCACGCAGUGCAUGGCGCGAGCUCUGUACGACAAUAUCGCGGAGUCGCCGGACGAGCUGGCCUUCCGUCGCGGUGACCUGCUCACCGUGCUGGAGCAGAACACCGGCGGCAGCGAGGGCUGGUGGCUGUGCUCGCUGAGAGGGAGACAGGGAAUAUGUCCCGGCAACAGAUUAAGGAUAGUAGCGGGCGUGUUCGAUGCAAGUGGCGCGAUGCAGCGGCGGAGGGCGCGGGCGCCGGCACCCGUGGCUCAUCAGCCCAUGCCCACUCAACAGUCGCCUGCUUUUACAAAAAUCGAAGAGUGUUCACACUACGACGUGCCUCGCGCACCGAUGCCCGUACAACGCAUCGGCAUGUACGACUGUCCUCGACCUCUCGUGGACUGGUAUGACGCACCCCGUGCCCCGCGCCCCGCCAGCGCUGACUCAGCGUGCAGCGGCACCGGCUCCCUGGCCUCGGCCACUUCCAGCGCUUCAGCGAAUUCCGGCAGUUCAGUACAUUCCGCUGCCUCCGCCUCCAGUACAUAUGACGUGCCAAGAUCGCGUGCCCUGCCCUUGCCUUGCGACGCGGCGCUGGAAGCGCUUGAUAGAUUACAGGAGGAAGCGUCGGCAGCUGUGUCUCGGUUGCUGUCGUACGUGUCGCCAGGUUGGCGGCGGCGCGGCGCGUUGCGAGCUCGCGUGCUAGAUGUGCGCGUCGCGGGCGCCAGACUGAGAGCUGCAUUGCACGACCUUGCCGUGUUCGCUGAUGCCACGCUUGCCAACGCACAUGAUGCACAAGAUAAAGGUAUCGCAGUAAAACUACGACCCCUCGUAAAAGCGUUGAAAGACGCGGAGCGCAUAACGCACGAGGCGACGAGCGCGCUGGACGCGGGAGACUGGGCGCCCGAGAGACUGGAGCGGGACAGAGAACCUACAGACGGCACAGAGGAUGCGCUAGACCAGCUCGUGUCAUGUGCACGGUCUCUUACUGAAGACGUCAGGAGAGCAGCCUCCUUCAUCAACGGCAAUGCAUCGCUAUUGUUUAGGCGAUCUCCAGCUGUACCAGUGCCAGAACACGAAUGGACCGAGGAGUAUGACUACGUAAGACUGGAGUCCCGCACGGCGGUGGGGAGACGUAACGCAGAGAUUCGGGCUGCGCUGCCCGACAAACUCAGGGCUUCCUUUGAUGCCUUAGUCAGAGAUGCUGAUCAUGCUGGCGAGGUAAGCGCAGUGGCAGCGGCGACUCGUCUGCCUGCCGACGACCGGCAGCUAGCCGCGUUCUACGCAGCGCAGGCCGCGACGUACGGCGCUCACCUCGCCACCGCCGUGGAGGCGUUCUUACGCACCAUCGAGAUGGGACAGCCUCCCGACGUGUUCCUCGCGCACGGCAAGUUUGUUGUGCUCAGCGCGCAUCGGAUCGUGCAUGUUGGCGACACAGUACACAGGAGUGCCCGCCACUCUGGACUGAAAACACAAGCGCUGAGAUGUUCAGAUGCUCUAUCGGAUGCGCUCGCGACAACAGUGGCCAAAACAAAGGCGGCAGCGCAGCAGUUCCCGUGCGCGGGCGCCGUGGGCGAGAUGGCCGAGGCGGCGCGCACACUGGCGGCGCGCGCGGCCGAGCUGCGCCGCGUGCUGGUGCGGGCCGCCGACCCGCCCGCGCCGCCCGACCGCCUGCCCACGCCCACCACGCCCACCGCCGGCACCCCGCACACGCCGCUCACCCCGCUCACGCCCAUCGCCGCGCCCGCCGCGUCGCGCACCACGCUGCAGAUAUAACCACGCCACGCGUGAUGCGACCUGACGCUUCGCCCGAACUCUCGGGCACCAGACGAGAACCAAGGCUUGGAAACUUUAUACCAGCCCCAGUCCUCGUCCCCCCAGCGGGGUAAUGAGAAGACCUUUGUACGCCGGUCGUGGUUCUGUUCUCACCCGCCCGCUGGGCUGUUGUUUAGAUGCGCUAGGCCCGGCGUCCGCUCGACCGCGCUGCCGGGGCGAGCCGAGUGGACGCCUCAGUGGCACCCCCUAUGAGAGUAGCAUAACCAAAGAAGCCGAGAUAGGUGAACGCUGCCUAUCGACAUAGACUGCCGUUACGAUGGUGAUUAUAACGCAGAGUUUCUAUUUAAUGUUAGUUUAUACCUACGUUAACGAUAAUUCGAAGGCUGCUACUAGAACUUUUUGUUUGUGAAGCGUUUCGCCAGAACUAGCAGGGCGAGUUAAAGAUGCUGGAUGCUCAUAUUGCCGUAGUGAGUUGAGUUGUCCGUCCAGUUUUAUACAAUUUUGCAUCAAUACUGUAUUAAUAGAACGAGUUAGUGAAAUUGUAAUGUGUGGCAUUGAUUCUGUCGAGAUGUUUUAGGACGAUUAUUUAAUGAAUUUUAUGUGGUGAUGUUUACUUUACAUAACCGUGACAAUGAGAGAACGCACACAAAUGCAAGUGACCGAUGAUUGCAUGUGUUCCUAUAUGCCUGUGCUAACGCUGUUGCGAUGUCUGAUCGCUUUCUUGCUACUUCACUGAGCAUUUUAUGCGAGCACAGCUGAGCGCCCAUUUGAACGUUACACAGCUAAUCUCGAUAGAGCAAUUAAAAUUAUAAUGAGUGUGCUACAUUUUAUGAUCAUGCCUAAUAGCACAAUUGAGAUCAAUUAAUCGGUUGCUUAGUGUAGAACUAUGUGGCUGCCCUUUGCCUGUCUCGUGGGAGUUUGACGAUAGCCGUAAUGUGAACAUCUGAUGAGUCACAUAAAUGAAUUUAACACUGACAAUAUUAUUUUACUAUAAACGACUAAACAAUUGUUUGAAUGUUCCUGGUAAAUGGCUCAAGUUGACAACGAGUGUGUUGUUACAUUGUGUAGGGGUCCGGUCGGAAUGUUUUCAUUUGCCAAGACUGAUCCUCAACAAAGCAAUAUGCUCAAUUAUACUAAAUUAUGUUAAAGCUCAUCUUUAUAUAGUACUUGUGGCUUGUCAUUACUUAACCACUUACCGCAAUAGCGUUACUGUAUGUACGUACCUACGUUUUGUACUUUAUACAUAUGACACUAGUAGAUAGACGUAGGAUAUGAUAUCAAUGUAAAAAGCAUGUUGUAUAUUAGCUAUGUGUAAUAUAUUUUAGACGUUGUAGUUUAGUUAGGUAUAGAUGAAAUUGUACAAAUGCAUAUUAAUAAUUUUAAUAUUGAAUUAUAAUUUAAUCAUCUUGUAAAACGCAAUCAAGUAAAAUAUACAAAAUUUUCGUAUCUA